GGCUGCUGUCUCUCCCGUCCCCAGGGCUCUAACGCCCACUACCCGGGUCCGACCAACACGGGCUCCGCGAGAGCUAUCAACUCUGCGCCCGCCUCAGUUCAUCGCGACGAUGACUCUCCUGCCGAAACAACACAGACCUCCUCCGGUCGCCGUCGGGGCCGCCACUCCAGUAUGCCUCUCGACAAGCACAUCAACAAGCCUCUGCGCCGCCACGUCUGGACUUCUAAGGGUCGCGCCUGGACCCGUGUCGCAAUAGACCGCGAGCGAAGAGACUUCUUUGAUACCCGCGUUACUGGCCGCCCAGAAGUCUGGCAGUCUUUGCGCGCAGCCCUCGAGGUUAUCUGGGACCCCGUCGGCCAGAGUGCCGCUGACGACGGCACCGAUGGUCUUGCGACAGCACAAGGCAUUCUUAAUGCGGCAGAGAUCACUCUUCCCACGGGUAAUCUUGCUCAGGGUGCCUACGAUCAACUGGGCAACUACUAUCCCCUGUCUGAGUGGCUUGUCGCCAAUCCCACGAAUUUGGUAGAGGACGAUGCCACGAUUGAUGGCGCCGACGAAGCGCUCUCUACUAGAGACCUCAAGGACGAUCUUGCGGGAGGAGAGGAGACUACGGAGGAGCUGGACGAGGAAGACAACGUCCGCCGGAGAGAAGAGAAGGGUAAGGCCGUUGUCGACGCCCGGGACCAGCUCUCCGUUCUAGCCCGCCUGAGCGAGACUGCACGCGAUGUCACUGUCAGCUUUGUCAAGAGCGAUAGCGUCAGAACUGUUGCUCGUAAGAUCCAGGAGCAGUCAGGACUCGCUAGCACCAAAAAGAUUCGCAUCGCCUAUAUGGGCAAGAUCCUUAAGGACAAUCUCUCCCUCGCUGAACAGGGCUGGGCAGAGGGUCAUGUGGUCAACGCCCUCGUUUUCGACAGAUAG